AUGCAGGGAGCCAAGACAAACCGCGGGAAUCUGAGCAGCAUCGCAACAUCUGGAGAAAUCAGCGAGCGAAAGUUGCAUUCGGUGGAAGAAGCCAAUGUUCGAAUUCGCAGUCUGGCCGGUAGAAUUCGAACUUGGAAGCAGGAAGUGAGCAACUUGACAAGCGCCGUACAUUUCUCAGGACACAUACUUGCAGCAAUGAGUGGCCUUGCAGACGAACUUCUGGCCGACCUCGACGGUCUCUCCGAUGACGAGGAGUAUAACCAGGAAGAAGCUCAACAGCCGCAGCAACCCGUCGCAUCGUCUUCCACUUCCGUCAAACGCAAAGCAGGUUCCGAUGCAGAGAUGUCUGACGACGGAGGGGACGAGGGUGAAGGUGAACAGGCUCAAACAGAGGUCGGAGCGCUGGUUCUCGAUGGUGGUGUGAAGCCUGCAGAUGAACUCGACGCGGAGGACGUGCAGCAGAUGGAAUUGGGAGACAUAGAGGAUGUCUCGGCAAUCGCGAAGCUGGAGGGAAGCAAACGGAUGAACGACAUUAUCAAAGACAUCGAAAAAUAUCAAGCCAAACCGAGCAGUGCGCAAGAUAUGGCAUUGCCUGCCCAUAUGAAUCCGGAAUACAAUCUCAUUGUUCAAGCGAAUAACCUCUCGGUCGAUGUCGAUAAUGAAAUCAUGGUCUUCAUCCGAGACCACUACGCUCCCAAAUUUCCCGAACUAGAGCAGUUAGUAGCCGACCCAACGAUGUUCAUCCGCUCCGUCCGAGUGCUCGCCAACCACGAGGAUCCUACGAAGGUCAACCUCUCUGGUGUUCUCCCACCUGCAGUCAUCAUGAGUGUACUCGUAACAGCAACGACUACGAGUGGACAGCCGCUUUCGGACCGAGCUUGGGCAGCGGUGGAGAGAGCUUGUGACCUCGCAGAUAGACUGGAGGAGGCUAGGAAGAAGAUAUUCAUGUAUGUCAGCUCAAGAAUGAAUAUACUCGCGCCUAACCUAUCGGCCAUCGUGGGUACCACUACUGCUGCGAAGUUGCUCGGUGUGGCGGGAGGUCUACAAGGGGUAGCUAAAAUGCCGGCUUGCAAUGUCCAUCUUCUCGGCGCGCAGAAGAAAAUAACCGCUGGAUUCUCCACUGCGACACAGAAACGCCACACGGGUUUCAUCUUCCAGUCCGACCUCGUCACUUCAACACCCCCUGAAUAUCAACUCAAGAUCCAACGCACAAUCGGCGCGAAGUGUGUCCUUGCCGCGCGAAUGGAUCUCGAACGCAAGAGACGAGAUGGAACGUACGGAGAGGGACUGCGCGACAAGAUUGAGAAACACAUCGAUCGACUAGCUGCUCCGCCUCCGGCGAAGGUCAUCAAAGCCUUGCCUCUUCCUGGCGACGGCCCCAAGAAACGACGUGGUGGCAAACGUGCGCGUAAAGCCAAAGAGGCCUACGCGCAAACCGAGCUCCGCAAACUCCAGAACCGGUUGGCGUUCGGCGAGGUCGAGGAGGAAGUCGGCGCGUUCGACCAGACGAAGGGUCUGGGCAUGAUCGGCGCUGGCACUGGCAAGGUCAGAGCGAAUCUGGGAGAAGCAAAGAGCCGCGCCAAAAUGUCGAAGACGAACAAGCUCCGUACAGCUGCUCUGACACGGGCCGCCCAAAAUGGCACCCAGACAUCUGGGACGGCUACAUCACUGACGGUGACCCCAGUCCAAGGGUUCGAGUUGACGAACCGCUCCGCCGCCGCGCAACGUGUGAAAGAGGCGAACGAGCGGUGGUUUGCGGCAGGCAGUUUCUCAUUCAUAGGACAGAAGGGUUCAUAA